AUGAAAGCCUAUGGGUAUGCGUUUAAUAUAAGUAUUGGCAUUUAUAUGGAAAUGGUUUCUAGUAAAGUUUGGGGCGGGUGGAUCAGAGGGCAACCAACGAAUAGAAGUAAAGAUCUAGAUCAAAUGUUUAAAAAAUAUAAUAUCGCAUAA